AUUCCCUACUCGGGUGUUAUGAUGAAAAAUUGAAAAUAUUUCAAUCAAAAAGAUACGUGUUGACUACAAAAACUUUACAGUCUAGUGAAAGCCUAAUUCAACUGUCAGUUAUUUUGACCCUUACACUACAAGGACGUCUGUGAAGUCCGUAGUAAAAUUACUGGGCCUCGAUCGCUAUUUAAUAUGCAUAUCACGAGGUAUAAAACUGAAAAGGUGCGCAGUUCAACGCAGUUUUGCUCCUCGUGUUGAGCCGACAACAAGAUGGCAACUACUGCCGAUCGAGAGGAAGAAGAAAGACUUCAAGAAAGCAUUCGAAACAAAUGCCUUCACGUUACAUUUGGCAAAGGGCGCUUUCGGUUCAAUUUUAACCCUGUGGUUACCAUAGUCUCUGCCCUUUUGAUUUGGGUGUUUGUGAUCCUCUGCCUUACAGAGACAGCCAUAAUAUCCGCUGAAAUGGUAAAAUGGAUGAAAUGGGUGACCAAAACAUGGACAUGGUUGUACAUAGGAACACAAGAUGUGUGGGCUUUCUUCUUGAUCUACUYAUAUUUCAGCAAAUACUCCCAAAUCAAGCUGGGAAAGGACGACGACAAACCGGAAUUUUCUGACUCAACCUACUUUACAAUGCUGUUUGCUGCUGGUAUCGGAACAGGGAUGUUUUUCUAUGGCGUGGCGGAACCUGUCUAUCACUAUGCCCCUGGAGGAGAAUGGGGUAACCGUUAUCAAGGAAGAUACUCUGACAACCAAAAGGCUCAAGAUGCCAUAAACCUGACCAUCUUCCAUUGGGGCGUACAUGGUUGGAUAGUCUACGACCUGGUCGCUCUAGUCCUCGGCUUCCUCACCUUCCGUAGAGGCUUGCCUAUGACAAUGAGAUCGUGCUUCUAUCCACUGAUUGGUGACAAGGUUUUUGGGAUUUUCGGCGACGUGAUUGACAUCCUGACUGUCGUGUGCACCAUGUUCGGCGUAUGUACCAGCCUGGGUAUCGGCGUCUUGUUGAUCAACAGUGGUGUACAUCGAUUGAAUGACAACAUAGGGGUAAACAAGAAUAACCAAAUCAUCCUGAUUUGGGGCAUCACUAUAUUGGCAACACUCUCCGUGGUUAGCGGUCUGAAGGUUGGGAUCCGCCGUUUGAGUGAGAUUUGUUUUACCCUUGGGAUGUUCCUUUGGUUCUAUGUGUUAUUCGCAGAUGACACUUGGUACCUUCUGAAUGUCUUUGUCCAGUCUCUUGGUUAUUAUCUGCAGUGGCUGGUGCAGCUGGGCUUCCACACCGAUGCCUUUGCACAGCUUGGAGACGCUCCUGACAAGAAACAAGCACCAGGAUGGAUGAAUAGCUGGACAGUAUUCUACUGGGGAUGGUGGAUCGCUUGGGCGCCUCUUGUUGGUAUAUUUAUCGCCAAGAUUUCCAGAGGGCGUACCAUUCGAUCGUUCAUCACCUACACCCUCACUAUCCCAGUCGUGUAUUGCCUGAUGUGGUUUUCUGUGUUCGGUGGCGCAGGUCUACGUAUGGAAAGAGCAGCACAGAAUGCCAAUUUAACUUGUGGUGUGAAUGCCACGCAAACAGAUGGAACCCUGUACCGUCUGUCGUGCCGAUCAAACGGAGGAGACAUGUGGUUCGAUGUUAUCUUACAAUAUGGUGGAAGUGCAGAAUUCCUGUCCGGGAUAUCCUUGGUUUCGAUGGUUCUCUACUUUGUGACCAGCUCAGACAGUGGUUCUCUUGUAAUCGAUAGCGUUACGUCCAACGGUCACCCAGAUCCACCGGUCAUUCAAAGGAUUUUCUGGGCGUUGACCGAAGGAGCAGCCGCAACAGCACUGGUCGCCGCCGGCAGCAGAAAAGCCAUGGACGCCUUGCAAGCUGUCUCCAUCUGCUCUGGGCUUAUCUAUACAUUGGUCGUCAACUUCGUAUGUGUUGCGCUAUGGAGGACGCUUAAGAUAGAAGCGGGUGACAUGGAUCCUAAUGGACCCCAUUUCAGUACCGGUCUGUUAGAUUACAUUUAUAACCUAACCUCCUGUAAAGCGUUUGGGCGUUUAAUACUGGCUGUGUUUGCUCCCUGGUGGUCAGCUGGUAACGCCGCAGGAAAGCUGUCCCAAUACAAGUGCAUUGUGGCCAUGGUUUUUGUGGCUUUGCCGUUUUAUACCUGGAUUAUGCUGGAAAUUUUCCAAGUUUUUGAUAAGACCUGUAUGUAUAUCGGCUGGGCCAUCUACAUGGGGUUCGUGGCGUACGGUACGGGUAUUCGAGCUUCGAUAAGAGAAAAGUUCCAUAUUGAUGGUAACCUCGUCGAAGACAUGUUUGCUAUGAUGUUGGUGUAUCCAUUGGCUGUACUACAGAUGGAGGACCACAUGAACAAGAACAUCUACGAGUUGGAGGUCAAGAGGGAAGAAAAUGGAGCUCCCAAUGAAGUUAUUAUCAACUUGAACGUUGUUCGUCGUAAGUCUGGGGUUGAAGAUCAGAAUUCGGGAGCAGAAAAGGUAAAAAAUGGACGAGAACCAGCUGAAAACUACCGUUUAUCCACAUUUAUGUAAUCCAAUAAAUAAACACUGUGUUAGUCUUGUCUUCAGAUGUCGACGAUGUUCUGAACACUGAGCAUGCGCCACCCUCCCACCAAAGACCGCUGACUCAAGAUGGACUUUACUCCAAAUAGUUAAUCAAGAAUAUAAUCUAAUAAUAAAAUGCAGUAGAAUUCUUUUAGUUAGUUUAGUCAGUAAAACAAUGAUUAAGCAGCUGAAUUUAGUUAGGUAAGAUAUAUAAGAAUAUAUAAAAAGUUAUAAACUAGCAACUGGUUAGGACGACAUUGAGAGUGUAUUUUCCUAUAUUUCAUAUUGUAGCAACUAGUGUUCCAGUUGAGACAUAAAGAUGUUUUAAUAUUUAUGGUUUUACGAGCACCUAUUUAACCAUUUUCUUAACCAAUUACUAAAAAAUCAGUGCAUAUUCAAUUUUUUGGUAACAUUAAUUUUUACAAGUUAAAAAUGUAUCGAUUUAUUAUUUAUACCGGCAUUUUUAAUAACAAGACUAAUUUGCAUAACAAGAAGAUCCCAUAAUGCACUGUGUAUGUUAAACCAAUCCAAGGCAUUUGUCGCAGUUGAAAAAAAACCAUAUGGACAACGGUAUUCUUGUGAAAGUAGGAGGACGCUCCACGCCGUUUGGGUUGGGUGGAAAGAUCGUUACUAAGAGAAACUGCGACAAAUGCCUUGGAUUGGUUUAACAUACGCGGCGCGGCAGCCAUGUUGACUUGAACAAUAGAUUUUUCCACGCGUAGCUUCGCAUUCAAGUGCUUGAGAAUACAUUUAUGCGAGUGAAACAGAAGUUUUUAUUCUCAUGAGAAUAAACAUGGCUGAUUCGUGUUGGUAUAGACCCUUCCCAAAAACUUUUUGGAUGCGCAAAACGCAUAAAAUUGCAAACAAAAAACAAAAAACAAAUCACGCUUUUUCUUGAUGGAAUUCGUUGCAUUUCUUUCGUAUUUCCAUUUUAGCCUUGCAUCCAUGGUAAUUUUGUGAAAAGUCCUUUUUAAAAAUGUAAAUAAUUAAAUACAGUGAUACGUAGGUAACAUUAAAGAGGAAUAUCGAAAAGUGAAGUUUC